AUGGCGCAGCCUACUGGGUACAUGCAACCGGGCCGUAACAUACGCAAGAGGAAGGCAGAUGUACUCGACGAGGAUGACAAAAACUUCUGCGAUGCAAUCGAUGGAAGCAUAGUUGUCCUGGAAAUCUCCUACGAAGGCAGGAACAGUACCCUGAACGUCCAUGAAGAGGUCCUACUCCAAUCGUCCAACUAUUUCGGAGCUGCUUUACGUGAAGCCAAUCAAGAAAACACUACACUGAAGCUACAGGUGACCGAAUUCGACCAUGAGACUGUCAAGGCCUUUGUUGGAUGGUUGUACUUCGCAAGCCUCCCAAAUCAGGACGUGGGUCCCUGGAACCUGUAUCUGCUGGCUGACAAGUAUCGAGUCGGUCCCCUUUCUAAGGCGAUUCUCGAAUCAGUCCAUGCAGACUUCUCACCAACUUCCCCAGCCCCAUUGCCAUGCUAUUCGGAGAUCGCCACCAUGUUCGAACGCCUACCAGCGCAGGACCCAAUGCUGACCCUUCUUGUUGAUGGACACGUUUGUGUGUUCGCAAGUCCGCUGGACUGUGAUCCUGACGUAGAGAACGACCGUCGGAUGGUCCCGGUGGACUUCUGGAUCAGAAUGGCGAUCCAAUUCGCUGACACCAGCUUAGGAAUGUUCCUGCCACCUCUGCAAAAGUAUAUCACCUAG